GCUUGCGACUCCGCCGCACGCCGAGAGUAGCAGCAGAGAGAGAGAGAGAGAGCGCAAAAAAUGGCGUCUCUGAGCGUCAGCCGUGUCGGCGGCUGCACGAGCGUAGCGUUUCUCUCGCCCACUGGGCGCAGCAGGUGACGGGAACCCAGGAUCCAGACAAACACCGGAAGCGCAGCGACACUUCCAAGCAUCCAACCGCCCGCCCAACAUCGAAAAAAAAAAAAAAAAAAAAAAAAUCGUCCCCGCCCGCGAAGGUAACGAAAACUCGGCGCUGAAUCCACCGCCUCUCUCCACCGAUGAAACGACGCCAACGACAAAACGGGCGCGCAGGACGCAUGUGUUCUACGACGACGACGUCAACAACACGACCAUUCGACGCAGGGCGGUGGCUCUAGCAGCUCGGACGACGACGUUCAAAGGGUUUGCCGACGACGGAGCUAUUUUAGAACCAUCCAUGCACGCCGGAGAACGGACACGAUGGAUCUCAAGUCUGAUUCGAGGUUCUACGUUGGCUCCAGGAGGCUCGCGUCCGUCGCAGCGUACUUCGGCCUCAGUACCGACAAGUUCAACUUCCUCUUCUGCCAGCUCAUGUUCCUGGUUAUCUCGUACCCGUACCGCAUACUGCUCCACCCCUCAAAGGUCUCCCCCACCAUCAGGCACCUGGUUGCUCUCGGCAUCGGCCUCAGCUUCGGGUACUUCUGCUUCGGAUACCAAAUCCUGCACCUCCUUGUACAAGCAACCAUUAUCUAUGGCAUCAUCCUCUUCUCAAGCCCAGACCACAUGCACAAGUUGGCCCUCAUUUUUGGCAUGAGCUACCUUUCUGUCAUCCACAUCAUGCGCCAGAUAUACGACUACGGUGGAUACCACUUAGAUGUCACUGGCCCCCUGAUGGUGGCCACGCAGAAGGUGACCAGCAUUGCCUUCAACCUACACGACGGGCUCUGCGAGAAGCAGAGGGCCACACUGCAUCCUGAGCAGAGGAGGCAGAUGGUGAGAAAAGUGCCGACCGCCCUGGAGUACUAUGGUUAUGUCAUGCACUACCACACACUCAUGUGUGGGCCCCUGGUGUUCUUCAAUGACUACCAGGACUUCAUCAAAGGAAAGCAGUAUCUGCGACACUCUAUUCGGACUGGCAUGAGGGGGACUCCCCGGGAGAUUAUAGAGCCGUCUUCCAAUCGGGCAGUUGCAGCCAAGGUACUGACAACCUUCCUCUCUGCUGCGAGCAUCAUCUAUCUGCUGCCUCAGUUCCCCAUCGAGUAUAUCAAAGAGGACGAGUUUUUUGAGAAGGGCUGGUUGUGGCAAAUGCUGUACAUCAUCUGGGCCACCUCUCUCCACAGGCAUAGAUACUACCAUGCCUGGACACUAGGCGAAGCAAUCUGCAAUGCUGCCGGUUUUGGGUUCAACGGCUACACCAGCGACGGCAAAGCGCGAUGGAAUCUCCUCACCAACGUUGAUAUCCUUACCAUCGAGACGUCACUAAACCUACGUGAACUGCUGAUUGCGUGGAACAAGUCGACGCAGACGUGGCUGCGCAACAUUUCAUACGAGCGAGUGGGGAAGCACCGGACUCAGCUCACCUUCAUUCUGUCUGCCAUGUGGCACGGAUUCUACCCCGGCUACUACCUCACUUUCGGAGGGGGCACCCUCUUCACCCUGGCUGCGCGCUCGGUGAGGCGUAGCGUGAGGCCCAUGUUCCAGCACAGCAACACGGCUCGGCAGCUGUACGACCUGCUGACAUGCCUGGCGACUCGCAUGGCCAUUGGGUACAUGGUCUUCCCUUUCCUGCUGCUGGACUUCUACGCCUGCAUCAGGGUCUACAAAAACUUCUGGUUCCUGGGCCACAUCCUGGCACUCCUGGCGAUGGUCCUGCUUCCCCGAGUCUUGCCGCCAUCGCGACGAGCGUCGAUCGUCAGGGCGGAGCAACAAGCCGAGGAGGAGGAGGAUGGCAGGGAACUGUUCGGCCAGUCUGGCGAGAUGGACCACGCCGGACAUAUGGACGAGUUCGUGCCCGUCAACGAAGCCACGGUCGCGGACGGUGUUGCGACCACUGCCGAGACCGCCACCUCCUACGGUCGGUCCACGACUGACAGAGAGACGGGCGAAGCUGCAAUUACGGCCAAACCCACAAACGCAGACGGCCCCACGACGGCAGACGUAUCGGUGAUUGCUGGUGCGACCAAAGACAACCUUCGAGGCGAGGACAAGAAGAAUGUCUAGAGAGUCCAAGCGUCUUCUUGUCGGUGUUUUCUUUGCAACGAUCAUGCGCCAAGUUGGUCGGCGUGUUUGUGCGAGUAUGGUGCAUGGUUGGCGAAUUCUUGCGUGGCAAGCGUUGUAAUGAGUCGUCAUUGAACAGAGGAUGUCGCCAAGCGUGCAUUGCGAAAGGGUUGUGGUUGCUUAUGGUGUUCAUCAUAAGAAAAUGUUUCGCGACUUCAUGGAAACUGGCUCGAGGAGGACCCCCUCAUGAAUCUGCAUCAGGCACUGCGUGAUUCUCUUUUCUCUCUCCUACGUUUUCGCGUGAGGGAGAGAUUGUAUCUUGUGACUGCCUCAAUGCGAUCAAAAUAUAAGGGGGUGUUUCGGUAUCUACGGUGUUUGCCAGAAAUGAAGACAGAAAAGUAGCGAGAGAAGUGCUAUCGCUUGUACAGCAGCGUGCAUGCGACCAAAUUUCCAACUCGGGAGGAGCGACGAGCUUCGAGCAAAUGGCAUGGAACGCCUCGCUCAUAACCUGGCUUCAGUGUAACGGCUCAGCUGAACCAGUGCUUCGUGUGAUUAACUACUAUGUAAGAGAGUUUGUUUGUAAUUAUACAAUGCAGAAUACAAAGUACAGAACAGAGCCUGGAAUGGGCCGGCUAGUCAGCAAAAAUAUGAGAGCAAGCAAUAUAUACUGUUUCCGAGAUGUUUUGCAAGAUCCAACGAAUUGUCAGGCCUGCAGCCAAUUAAGCCUCUGUGCUUUCGUUGAAUAACAAUAGGGGUUGUGUUUAUUUUUAUAUGUAUUAAAUUUGCUAUCGAAAACAAGGAAGGCACGGCUUGGACAUUUUAGUUCAGCAACGCUCUUCAUAGUGCUUUUCUUUUUUGACUAUUUAUUGUAGCAAGCAACAAGUUACACAUACCACAAUUUAAAGCACAUGCACUAAGCUCGUGGCAGGCAAAAGGUACUCUUUCACGUUAACAUUUCGUUAGAGGACAAAUAGUCAAGCCUUCUGCUAAUUUGGUGUCACAAUUAAACCAGGGCACAGAGUAGCACUACAGUCAUGGUAAUAUUUAGUUUACCUACUUAUGUUGACGCACACGAGUUGCAAACUGGCAUCACGCCUAAGAUGAAUCUGUGCUGCAGGAGUCUCGAGAUUCUCUUGAUAGGGGACCGUUCUGUUGAAAUCUGUCCCCCCCAUACUCUUUCUCAAAAAAGAGCUGGUUGUUUUAUUUAUUUUACCACCAGCAAAGUCAAAACAAGUUGCUGAAGGAUGCCUGCCUCAUAUAUAUAUAUAUAUAUAUAUAUAUAUAUAUAAAUGAAUGAAAGUUGUGGUUGUUUCUUUUUAUACCAGAUGUUUGUAUGUGUGCGUGUUGUUUAUGCGGAAGUAAAUUUGUUACUGUAAGAAAA